ACAAUUUACACAGAUGUGAGUCAAGAUUUUGUCAAUGUUGUUUCAGCGUCAUGAGAAGUUGUGAAUUGUGACUUGUGAGGAAAAAAUCAAAAGAAACAGCAACGUAUACAGUUUUUCGUAAUGGCAGAAAAGAGGAAAACUAAAAAGCGCAAAGAGGAGUUCGGUGAACCGCCGGAAUCAGAGAAGGCAACCAGCGAUGAAUAUGCGGUUGCGAAGUGGCUGAAAGCAAAUGUACCGACGAAGAAAACUAAAUUUUUGAAUCAUCACGUCGAGUAUUUUACUGGUACUAAGGCAGUCGAUGCAUUGUUAACAUCAAAAUGGGCAACUGGAAAAAAUCCGCUUUUCACGAAUCGUCUCGAAGUAACGGACUUUUUACAUCAAAUGCUGCUACAUAAAUUGUUCCACAGGGCUAAAAAGGUGCCGGUAAGUGAGCAAGAAUUGAAGGGUAAAUCAAAGAAGAAGGACAUUGAGAAAUCGAGCAAAAGUGGAGAUGAGAAAGAUGAUAAAGCCAGCGCCACCGAGGGUAAAGAGAAAGAAAACAAAGAGAAGGAGAAGAAGAAACGCAAGAUCCGUCUAGAGAUGCAUUUGGAGCAAGUAUUCCUGGACAGUUUGGACGCGUACGUCUGGAUAUAUGACCCCAUGCCCUGGUACUACUGGGUUUGUGGGGCGCUUGUUGUCUUUGGAGUUAUCGGAGUCUGCAUGUUUCCGUUGUGGCCGGCUACUGUUCGAAAAGGCGUAUACUACCUAAGUAUCGCGGCGGCGGCUUUCCUCGUGAUGAUCAUAGUGUUGGCCGUACUGCGAGUGGUUGUGUUCUGUCUGGUGUGGAUCCUCACGCUGUCGAGACACCACCUGUGGCUGCUGCCCAACUUGACUGAGGACGUGGGAUUCUUUGCGUCCUUCUGGCCGUUGUAUAAGUACGAAUACCGCGGGCCGGGCUCCGACAGCGACAAGGCAAAGAACAAGAAGAAACGCAAGAAAGACAAGCAGUCAGACGACGAAUUGGAGGAGAAGACUCCGCUGAUACAAGCGGAGACUCCGCCUCCAGCUAGCGAGCCCGCAGCCCUAGUGGAAAGCUGUGAAAAAGAGGAGCCACAAGAGCAGGAAACAUUUCCUGAAUCAGCCUCAGCUGAGAAGCACUCAGAGUCGGAUACUGACAACAGCCAGCGCUCCUCCACGGACAGGGACUUCGAGAUCGUGGAAACGGCUGACCUGGAGCAAGACACAAACACUACUUAGACAUUCUAUUUAUUAACAAGUUAAUUGCUGAUAAAUUUAAAUCGAUUAAUGACGUGAAUCUUUUCGUUUGGAGCAAAUUCUUAGCGUUACAGAUGUGCAGUGAAGCAGAAGAAAAUUGACUGGAAGUUUCUGGUCUUUUUCCUUAUUCACCAUGUUAUUUUCUUCACGUUUUGAUCUGUCCACAAUGUAAAAUUUAAAAAUAACUAAUCGAAUGAGAUAAUCAAGUUAAUUUUCUUUUUUUUUUUG